UGAGUUCGACAUUCGACAAUUUUUUAAAUUUGUCAAUACAAGUGUCAAAAAGAAUUCUAAAUUAAUGUUUAUUUUUGCAUUGCGGCGAAUUAGUUUAAGUGCGAAAUAUUUAUCUGAAAUACGAGCAGGUACAAAUUUAUAUCCAUUCUAUAAGCCUUUACAAGUCAGGAACCUAGCUUCAUCAAAGAUGUCGAAAUCAGCAUUAGUGGUGCUUGCACAGGGUGCUGAGGAAAUGGAGACUGUUAUAACAGUUGAUAUGCUGAGACGAGGGGGUGUCACAGUGACUUUAGCUGGUUUGGAUGGUGCUUCUCCAGUGCUGUGUUCUCGACAGGUCACUUUGGUACCUGAUAAGUCUUUGGCUGAUGCAUUGGCCGCAUCUCCACAGUAUGAUGCAGUAAUUCUGCCCGGUGGUCUUGAAGGCUCUGAACGUCUCUCCAAGUCGGACGUUGUGGGCAGUUUGCUGAAGGACCAUGAGAAAUCUGGCAAAAUCGUAGCCGCCAUUUGCGCUGCACCAACGGCAUUCGUAGCCCACGGUGUGGCCAAAGGUAAGAGGAUAACUUCUUACCCAACAACAAAGGACAAAAUAACGGGAGAUUAUACGUACGUGGAGGGGGAGAGGGUCGUUGUUGAUGGCAACAUUGUCACCAGCAGGGGUCCGGGAACAGCAUACUGGUUUGGCCUGACACUAAUUGAACUGUUGACUGGCAAGGAAAAGGCGGAGCAAGUUGAAAAGGGCAUGAUUAUCUCUGGAUAUUAAUCGUAUCGAAAUCGAUGCAGUUUUUUUUUUUGCUGUAAGCAAAAGUGGGAAAUAAAAUUUCUGAACUGUU